AUCACGGUGCUGAAAUCCAUUCAUGAAAUAAUAAUUAAAGUAGCAAAAACUUUGGGAUAGAAGUUAUGGAAAGAAUCGUUUCUCAUUAAUAGACUAAUGACAAUAUGAAGUUUCUGCUCAAGUGGUUUGCCAAUUUUCCACAAUACAGAAAACUAGAUUUUUACAUUGCUGGGGAUGCUUUUGGAGGAAGAAGGAGGUCUGCCAAUAGAGAGAAUUCUUUGCCGGAUGAAAGAAUUCUGCCAAUAGAUCCGCCUGCUCCAUAAGAAAUCGUAAAUUGAUUUCUGUCGGAAGAAAGAUUACUUGCCGGAAGAAAGUCCAUAUAAAAUGCUCCAUGUCCGCAGGAAGUUCGCAUUCAAGCAUCUAUAUCCCGUACGGAAAUUCAACUAUUUGAAAGCCAGUUGGAAGAAGGUGGGUUGUAUGACAUGUGUAAUUUCACUGUCAAGGCGAAUAAUGGAAAGUGGAGACCGGCAUCACACCCUUUCAGGUUACAAUUCCAUGAAGGAACUAAGGUUAAGUGUCAGGAAUUAAAAGACCAUAAGGACUUUCCCCUACACAUUUAUAAUUUUACUUCUUUCAACGAUAUUCACAACUGCCCUGAUGGAAAAAGUACUACAGAUCUCAUUGAUGUAAUUGGUGUGUACAAUCCCCUAGACAAAUUCAGUAAGCAUUAUACCGAUUCAGGAUCAACAUACACUAACUUUUAUAUUCGGGACAUCGAGAAUAAAAGUCUCUUUUGUACUUUAUGGAAUGUGUAUGUGGACCAGUUUGAGACGUAUUUAUCUCAACCGGGAACAAAUCCAGUUGUUAACCAUAACAAUAAUUCUGCAAAUUUGGUUUUCUGGGAUGCUGUGAGCAAUCGUUUGAUUGGAAAAUCUGCUGGAGAUUUCCCCAGUCACUAUUAUGACAUGGAGAGGCUAUCACCUUCAGGCUGCCCAGAUGAAAUAAAAGAUUUGGUAGGUCGUGAGUUUGUCUUUAAAGUUGACCGUCAAUCUGGCUCCCCUUUAAACGGAAAGAGUUAUUCAAUUGGUAUGGUCUCAACCGAUCAAGAUAAAAUUGAGGAGCUUAAGUCUGUUGGAGCCAAUCAGUCUGGGAGACAGGACUAUAACUCCGAUGAGGAUCCUGAUUUACUUUUUUCUUCUCCAGUCAUAGUUGAAUCUAAUAUAACACCAUCUUCAACUGAAGACGACAUCAUAAUACAAACCAUCCCCUCUUCAACAUUAAAGAGGCCUUCAAACGCUGAGCAACAUGUUGACUCUUCUACGCAGAGUUCAACAAAUAAGAAACUCAAGGGAAUCAAGAUUGAAAAGCCGGAUGCUUGAGCAUUAUCUUUUCGUUUACUUUGUUCUUUUACUUUUCGGAAUUAAUGUUAUUUAUC